UACUAUUACUAUUGUAUGCGAGUUGAUAGCGCAUCUUCAACUUGGAUUUCGCUCAAAUUCGAAUCAACGGUCAUAGGUAACAAUCCAUCACCGCGUUCUUCUAUAUGAUGUGGUUUUAGUUUAGUUUUCAUUGUGUCAGCUGUUGUGAUUGUUCAGAUUAAUUUGCCAUGGGUGCUUUACACAUUAAUACAGCAGUCAUUCUAUGGAUUAUGUACUGGACUGUGAAGAGUUGCAUCGCAUCUGACAGUGAGGAAUCUAUACGUAUCAAAAGGGAACCACCACCGUCUUUUGGAUUUAGCUCAUCCUACUUCCCUAAACCGAAACCUUCAUAUGGAGCACCUAAACCAGUUUACGGCCCUCCUAAACCAGUAUAUGGUCCUCCAAAACCUUCAUAUGGACCACCAAAACCAUCUUAUGGUCCUCCAAAGCCAUCUUACGGUCCUCCUAAGCCAUCUUACGGUCCCCCAAAGCCUUCUUACGGUCCCCCAAAAUCAUCUUACGGCCCUCCAAAGUUUUCAUAUGGCCCACCUCCAAAAUCUUCAUAUGGACCUCCAAAACCUUCAUAUGGACCUCCAAAAUCUCUCUAUGGCCCACCAAAACCAGUGUAUGGUCCACCGAAACCAGUGUAUGGUCCACCAAAACCGAUGUAUUUACCACCCCCAUCAUCUAGUUAUGGCGCACCUCCCUCUUCUAGUUAUGGCGCACCCCCAUCUUCCAGUUAUGGCGCACCGCCAUCUUCCAGUUAUGGCGCACCUCCGUCUUCUAGUUAUGGCGCACCGCCAUCUUCUAGUUAUGGCGCACCUCCAUCUUCCAGUUAUGGCGCACCUCCGUCUUCGAGUUAUGGAGCACCUCCUUCUUCGGGUUAUGGAGCACCUCCAUCUUCUAGUUAUGGAGCACCUCCUUCUUCGGAUUAUGGCGCACCUCCAUCUUCUAGUUACGGCGCACCUCCAUCUUCUAGUUAUGGCGCACCUCCAUCUUCUAGUUAUGGCGCUCCUCCAUCUUCAAGUUAUGGGGCACCUCCAUCUUCUAGUUAUGGCGCACCUCCAUCAUCUAGUUAUGGCGCACCUCCAUCUUCCGGGUUUGGAGACGAACCAUCGUCAGAUUAUGGUGCCCCUCCAUCUUCAGAUUAUGGACCACCACAGAUAUCCUUCGAAACUCCUUCUACACUCACUUUCGAACAGAUUAUAUCACAAGACUACAAUGCUCCGCCAUCAAAUUCUUAUCAAGCACCCCCAGAACAGAACUAUGGGUCACCUCAAGAUGUACCACCACCUCAACAAAACUACGGUUCACCACAGUCUUCAGAUUUUCCAAGUACCUCCUACAACAGCGAUUAUGAGGUUCCUGCGGGAUUUAGUCCAGCACUGCAAUAUGAUAGUCCUGCUACUAGCUACGGAACCCCUGGUGCUGUGAAUUCCUAUGGGAUGCCUAUCGGCAAUGGCAACGAACAAAGUUUGGAUCAACAUGAUUUGAUUGAGGGUUUAGAUAUAACACAUCCACCUUUUCCUGACUCUCUGCUAGAAGGAUCAGGAAUAUCUUAUCAGACGGCAAAACCUGAUAUUAACCCUGUUUCGUAUAAUAAUAUUUCUGGAACGAAACAUGAUGUUAAGAACGGCACGGAAGCAAAGCAAAUUGACUCUAGAAGUCCAAAUAAAACUGAAAACAAUCUUAUCGUUAGUGAGGAAAUUAUUGCUGAAAAUUUUGCACCAACACCAAAAAAUUUCAUUGUGGAACCCUUCAGCAAAGAAAACGACGCCAAGUUUAUACUUUCGAAUGAUGGUUUCAGAAGUAGAAAUGGACAUAUAGACAUUGAAAACAAAUGUUCAUUCAGUGUUUGUGGAAGGUGAUAUCUUCUUGUGCUUUGGAAUUUUAGAUUAAUUUAUCAUACAAAACUUGUUUUUAUAAUUUUAUUGUUAAAGAGUCACUCAGAUUAAUACAAAAACUAUAUUUAAUUAACUUAUUUAAAAUGAUCACAUCACUUGUUCAUGUUUUAUGUCCAUUUAACCAAAGAAAAACAUACAGUUAUCGAAAUAAAUGUUUGUUUUCAA